AUGUCUGCUACUCAACCUUCUUUGAUUAGCUCUGCCAAUGAAUUUGUUAAUCGCGUCAUCUACAUUGAUCUCAAUGACAAAAAAAAUUUUACCUCUAGCAAACAAAGUAAUAUACAAAAAAAACUCACUGAAAUGAUGCAGGACCGCGGGUGGUACCCGAAGCCACCUCGCACAUGUUCCCGAAUAUUUUACAAACGCGACGACAGCGCAAAUUGGAGACCCGAAGAAGAGGUCCAGGAGGCAAUAGAUGCAACACAGAAAUUACAUCGACAGGCUGAUUUCCAAUUUGCUGUAUUGAGACCAGUCUGCGUAACAGAUGACUUGACUGAUGAUACCUUUGGUAAUCUGUUUGAUGGGCUCGACUAA